CCUGCUUCCAGCUCCGCCCUUGACGACAUGUUCAAUCCUUUUUCUUUCUCUCUUUAUGGUUCUUUCUCAAUCCGACAAGGUUUUAAGCAAGACACCUUAGAUUUCUUCAAUUUGAUUUCCGCCCAAACAAAAACGAGCCACUUUCUCAGGAGGUACGCAAACGAAAUUGAUGGACCAGCUGCUCACAAAUUUCCUACCAUUUUCCAUCCUUCUCUUCGUUGGAGGACCAAAUGUCGUGGAAAUUUCUCUCAUUUGAGAAUUCAAAACUCAGUUUCUUGAUUCACAAUUUUCGUUGUCACAGCCAUGGCGAUUCAAGGGGCAGCAUCAUCAUCCCUUAGCUUUACCAAGUACAGAUAUGAUGUUUUCUUGAGUUUCAGAGGCGAAGACACUCGCAAAUCCUUCACUGUCAUUCUCUACGAAGCUUUGCGCAAGAAGGGAAUCAACGCCUUCAUCGAUGACAGGAAGCUCGGUAAAGGGGAACGAAUCGCACCUUCGCUUCUUAAAGCCGUAGACAAAUCCAGGAUUUCUAUUAUUGUGUUCUCUGCAAACUACGCUACUUCCACAUGGUGCCUUGAUGAACUGGCUCACAUCAUUCGGUGUAAGAAGAAGAAGAACCAGGUGGUUAUGCCAAUAUUUUACAAGGUGGAUCCAAUGGAUGUCCAAUAUCAGAGAAAUAGCUUUGAGGAAGCCAUGGCUGCUCAUGAAGCUGGGUUCAUAAAUGACCUGCAGAAAGUGCGAAAAUGGAGGUCUGCGUUAUUUGAAGCUGCUAGCUUGUCACCAGCAUGGCUUUUCGAAGAUGGGUAUGAAUUUGGGUUUAUUGAAAGGAUUGUUGGAGAUGUGUAUGCUAGGCUUCCUCCUAAACCACACCAUAAUGUAGAACACAUGGUUGGACUUGAGCCUCGGAUAGAUGAAGUGAUCUCACUUUUAAAUAAAUCUGACAAUGGUGUCUGCAUGUUGGGAAUUCAUGGAACUGGUGGAAUUGGCAAAACAACCCUUGCAAAAGCUGUCUACAAUUCAAUAUUCUACCAAUUUGAAGGUGCAUGUUUCUUGUUUGAUGUCAAUGAGGCAUCAAAAAAAUUCCAGGGCAUUGUUAAUCUUCAACAAAAGCUUAUGUCUGAUAUUCUUGAGGAAAAGAUCCUGAGAUUUUGUAGUGCUGAUGAAGGAAUAUCUAAAAUAAAACACAGACUCUCUCAUAAAAGAGUUUUGUUGGUUCUUGAUAAUGUGGAUGAGAUUGAACAGUUAGAACGACUUGCAGGGGGGUGUGAUUGGUUUGGUUGUGGAAGCAAGGUCAUUAUAACAACAAGAAAUAAGCAAUUGCUCAUUGCUCAUAAUGUUAAAAGAACAUAUGAAUUGAUGCAGCUAAAUGAUCAUGACUCUCUUGAACUCUUUUGUUGGCAUGCCUUUCACAUGAGCCUACCUCCAAAAGGCUACCAACAGAUGUCUAGUUAUGUGAUAAGUUAUGCAAAGGGCCUUCCUCUGGCUUUAAAAUUAAUUGGUGCCAAUUUAGCAGAUAAAAACUUAGAGGAAUGGCGGUCUACAUUGGAACAAUAUGAUCGUAUCCCAGAAAGAACAAUACAUGAAGUACUAAAGAUAAGCUAUGACUGCUUACAAGAUGGAGCUAAGACUGUAUUCUUGGAUAUUGCUUGUUUCAUUAGAGAGGAGAUAUUAGGUUCUCUUGAUGAAAUAGUAGACUCUUCUGAUUAUGGUGUAAGGUUUUAUAUUGAAGUGCUUAUUGAUAAAUCUCUUAUAGCUGUUACUGAUACUGGUAGUUUACACAUGCACGAUCUGAUAAAACAAAUGGGUAGAGAGAUUGUUAGGAAGGAGGCACAAUCAAAUCCAGGCAAACGUAGUCGAUUAUGGAAUUAUAAAGAUGUUCUUAAAGUAUUGCAUGAAAAUUCAGGAACUAGUAAUAUCGAAGGAAUAAUGUUUGAUCCGCCUCAACAACAAGAAGUGGAGUGGAGUGGUAUAGCAUUUGAGAAAAUGAAUAAUCUUAGAAUCCUUAUUGUCCGAAAGGCCCAAUUUUCAACUGGUCCUAAAUAUCUUCCCAAUAGUUUGAGAUGGCUUGAAUGGGAGGGAUAUCCUUCUACAAAAUUGCCGCCAAUUUUUUCCCCAAGCAAACUAGCUGUCUUCAAGUUAUUCUGCUCUCCUUUCAAGUUGGAAGAGCCAUUCAUGAGAUUUGAAUAUUUGACAUGCAUGAAUUGCUCAAAUUGUGAAUUCAUAACUGAAGUACCCGAUAUGUCUCAAUGUCAAAGUUUAAGGAGAUUGCUGUUUGAAGAUUGUUACAAUUUGAUCAAAAUUCAUGAUUCAGUGGGAUCUCUCUCGAAGCUGGUUGAAUUAAAUGUUAGUGGAUGCGUUAAACUUGCAAGCUUUCCCCAUGAAAUCAAGAUGCCAUCUCUUCAAGCGAUUGAUUUGAGUUUUUGCGAGAGUCUUGACUACUUCCCACAUACAGUUGGAAACAUGGAUGCAUUAACGUAUGUUUGGAUUGAAGAAACAUCUAUUAAGGAGCUCCCACCUUCCAUUGGAAAUCUUGCCCGGCUUGAAUCUUUGAACUUAAGCUCUUGCAAAAGUCUUAGGGAGCUUCCAAACAGCUUAUUCACGUUUCAAAAUCUUGACUGGCUUGGUUUGGAAGGCAUUCAUCCUGAUGGGAGAAAGUCUUUAAGGAAAUUAUUGCAAGAGAGCCAACCAGUUAGUAGCUGCACAAACGUACAGUUCUUGAUGCUCCAAAAUUGUUGUCUCUUGGAUGAAGAUGUUCAACUAACUCUGGAUCUUUUCCGAAAUUUGAUAGAGUUAAAUCUAUCAGGGAAUGAUUUUGUGUCUCUUCCUGAGUGCCUUAAAGAGUGUGGUAAGUUGUUGAAAUUGAAUGUGAAUAACUGCAAGUGGCUAAGAGAUAUACCAGGGUUACCAUCAAAUUUGCAGAUAAUGGGGGCAGAGAAUUGCAUUUCAUUAACUCCAAAGUCAUUGGGCCAUUUAUGGUCUCAGGCCAAAAGGGAGUUCUAUGGCAUGAGGACCAUUUUCCCAGCAAAGUCAUCUCCUGAUUGGUUCCACAGUUGGUGUGGAGGAGGGAAAAUGUCUUUUCUUGCUCGUAGGAAUUUCCCUCAUGUGGCAUUUGCAUUUGAGUUGGGGAAAGCCAACACGAGUAGGAGACAAUCAUUACGUUUUUCUCUGAGCAUCAAUGGUCGCAUAUUACAAGAGAGAAAUGAUCGUAUCACAAUUGCACCAGAUCACGUGGCUUUAUUUAAUCUGGGAGUGGCUUUUGAGGGAGAAGACUGGAGGUGGCUUCAAAGAUUCAUGGAAUUGGAUUGGAAUGAUGUGGAGAUACAAGCCAUUUGUUUAACGCCAGAGAUACCUGUGGUUAAGUGUGGAGUUUAUGUGUACCAACGGCUAACAAACAUGGAGAAUAUCCAAUUCAAGCCUCCUUUGGUUUCCAUAAAUACUCCAGCAACUUCAUUGAAACGAAAAGCCAUAGCUUCUCCUCCAAAUGCACCAUCCAAGAAGGCCCUCAGAAAGCUCAAGACUACUGAUAAAGGAAAGAUCAACAACAUAAAGAAAGGUUCAAGGAGAAAUCAACGACACCAAUUGUUUCAUUCCCGCCGCAAGAAAAGGAUGGUUUUUCCAAUGGGUAAGCAUGUUUGGAGAUUUUUGAACUGUUAGCAAUUGAAUAUUACGGUUGAUAGCCCAUUGUUAGAUGAUGAGAUGACACCUCUGAGCUGUUACGGUGUGUCCGGGCAACUGGCAUGAUCUCAGCUGCAAACUUAAUAUUUUAAUUUGCUAGAGAUUGAAAACUACAUAUGUGCAAUAAUCAUGCUAUGAGAAUUCUUUUCCCUUCCGUGACAAUUGGUGUGAAGGAGGGAAAUUCAUGUGGCCUUGGCAUUUGAGUUGGGGAAGCCAACAUGAGUGAGAGAUACUCCUUUGAAAUUUGUAUCAGUAUCAAUGGUUGUCAAAUACUACGGAGUUACGAAGGUGCUGUGAUAUCACAAGGUCAUGUAUGUUUAUUUAAUAUAAUAAAGUCUCCUGGGGGAGAAGUA